CGUCAAAGAAGCGCCUAACCCCUCUUUUAGAGAUCUAGCCUUCACAUAAACGAUAUUUAUCAGUCUCACGUUACGAAAGGACAAAGCUCUACCGGGAGGUCGUUCUCGCUCUCUCGGAGCCACCGGUUUGCUGCUAAGAGGAGGCGCCAUCUUAAGACGCACGCAAAACAGGCAGGACCACGACCAUGUAUCCCUCGACUUUGACGCAGCUGGCCCGGGCUAAUCCGUUCAGCGCCCCGCUGUUCACGCUCCAGAAAGUGGAGGAACCACAGCAGAGUCUUCAUGGACAGAGGACGCGCAGGCUGGCAGCUGCCGCCACGGCAGACGCCGAGGGAGACAGUUGCGAAUUUGGCUCUCAAAAGUAUUUCGUCCUGUGCGGCUUUGGCGGGAUUCUUAGCUGUGGCACGACACACACAGCCGUCGUCCCACUCGAUCUGGUCAAAUGCAGGAUGCAGGUGAAUCCCGACAAGUACAAGAGCAUCGGCAAUGGAUUCUCGGUGACAGUGAGGGAGGACGGUGUCCGAGGCUUGGCCAAGGGCUGGGCGCCCACUUUCAUUGGCUACUCCAUGCAGGGACUCUGCAAGUUUGGCUUCUAUGAAGUGUUUAAGAUCUUCUACAGUGACUUGCUUGGAGAGGAGAACACCUACAUGUGGAGAACGUCCCUGUACCUCGCCGCCUCCGCCAGCGCAGAGUUCUUCGCCGACAUCGCUCUGGCUCCUAUGGAGGCUGUCAAAGUGCGUAUCCAGACCCAGCCUGGCUACGCCAACACCCUUAGAGAGUGCGUGCCCAAGAUGUACAGCGAGGAGGGUCUCUGGGCCUUCUACAAGGGUGUGGUACCACUCUGGAUGAGACAGAUCCCUUACACCAUGAUGAAAUUUGCCUGCUUCGAGCGUACCGUGGAGAUGCUCUACAAGUACGUCGUUCCCAAGCCACGUAGCGAGUGCAGUAAAUCGGAGCAGCUGGUGGUCACCUUCGUGGCCGGGUAUAUCGCUGGUGUGUUUUGCGCCAUUGUGUCCCACCCUGCUGAUUCGGUGGUGUCUGUACUGAACAAAGAGAAGGGAAGUACUGCUGUCCAGGUCCUGAAGAGGCUAGGACCUAAAGGUGUCUGGAAGGGCUUGGUCGCCCGUAUCAUCAUGAUCGGUACUCUGACGGCACUGCAGUGGUUUAUCUACGAUUCGGUCAAAGUCUAUUUCCGUCUGCCCCGCCCCCCUCCCCCCGAGAUGCCCGAGUCCUUGAAGAAGAAGCUCGGAAUCGAGUAAUGACGCCAUCACGAUUUCCUCUUAGGUGACAACAAUCAGAUCAACUACACAUUUCCCAACUUUUAUUCAGUGCAAACAGCAGUUUUCUAUAUUUAUGCCAUCAGUCCAGCUCUUUCAACCUAUGGGGCUGGCUCAUGUAUAUUUAACAAACAAAAUCAGUGACAAAGAUGGUAUUGUCACAAAUAUUCCUUGGGUGUGCGACACUUAUUUUAUUCUGUUCCUGUGACUUGGAAAUGAAUAAAACAGAUUCCUCUGUAAA